AUGGGAAAUGAAAAAAUUUGUGAAAUUGUUAGUAUGGGAGGAGAUGUCAGUGUUGAAAUUAAUGUUGAAUGCAAGCUUAAAUUGAAGAAUGUGAGACAUUACAAUUUUGAAGGAAGAUAUGAUCUAGUUAGGUUCAUUAAGACAGUGCAAAAAGUGGGGCUCUAUGUUAAUCUUCGCAUUGGACCUUAUGUUUGCGUCGAGUGGAACUUUGGGGGAAUUCCUGUUUGGUUGAAGUAUGUUCCGGGUAUAAGCUUUAGAACCGAUAAUGAGCCUUUCAAGGCUGCAAUGCAAGGUUUUACUCAGAAGAUUGUUCAAAUGAUGAAGAGUGAAAACUUGUUUCAGUCUCAGGGUGGUCCAAUCAUUCUUUCUCAGAUUGAGAACGAAUACGGACCAGAGAGCAAGGCGAUGGGAGCUGCUGGUCAUGCAUACCUAAACUGGGCUGCAUAUAUGGCUGUUGGAUUGGGAACAGGAGUCCCUUGGGUGAUGUGCAAAGAAAUUGAUGCCCCAGAUCCUGUGAUUAAUUCGUGUAAUGGCUUUUACUGUGACGAUUUCUCUCCAAAUAAACCAUAUAAGCCUAGCAUGUGGACCGAGUCUUGGAGUGGCUGGUUUACCGAAUUUGGUGGCCCGAUUCACCAGCGACCAGUUCAAGAUCUGGCAUUUGCAGUUGCUCGUUUCAUUCAGAAGGGCGGAUCAUAUGUGAAUUACUACAUGUAUCAUGGAGGAACUAAUUUCGGACGUUCCGCUGGGGGUCCGUUCAUUACUACAAGCUAUGAUUACGAUGCUCCAAUCGAUGAAUAUGGUUUGAUUAGGCAACCGAAAUAUAGCCAUUUGAAGGAUCUUCAUAAAGUGAUCAAGCGAUGCGAGCAUGCUUUGGUUUCUUCGGACCCUACUGUUACAUCGUUAGGAACAUACCAGCAGGCUCAUGUAUUCUCUGCAGGAACUGCAGGAUGUGCAGCUUUUCUCGCAAACUAUCAUAAGCUUGCUUCUGAGGCUCUCUUGAUGCUUGUGAAUUGUUGCCUUGAUUAUCUUGAAUGA